AUGGCGCCGCCGCAAUCAAUCAGUAUCAUCGGCGCGGGCAUCGGUGGUCUAACCCUCGCCCGUUGUCUGCUGAAGCGCAACAUACCCAUCGUUCUGUAUGAAAACAUGCCAUCAGGUACGCGACACAGUUAUGCAAUUACUCUUCUUCAAUCUUCAUAUCAACCUCUUCUCGAUGUCCCGGAAAUAGACGAGUCGGCCUUCAAGCGUCGCGUCGCAGUUGAUGGCACAAUGGGUGGAAAUGGUGCUAUCAACGCAAAGCUACUGGUUCAGCAGAGCGCUUCAAGCUCAAAUUCCUUCCGCGCUCAUCGAGGAAAGCUGGAGGAACUGCUUCGUGAGGGCCUCGAUGUGCGGUGGGAGCAUACCCUGGAGCGGGUCGAGACAAUAGAUAGCCAUGUGGUACUAUACUUCCAGAAUGGGCAGAAUGGGCAGAAAGUACAGAGCGACUGCGUUAUUGGCCUGGAUGGCAUUCAUUCCAACACCAGGAAAUAA